AUGCCUGAAAUUCCCAAGGAGCAAUGGGCGCAGGUCAUCCAGAAGACCGGUGGACCCGUCGAGUACAAGAAGAUUCCCGUCGAGCAGCCUGGCCCUGAUGAGGUUCUGGUCAACAUCAAGUACAGUGGUGUUUGCCACACUGACCUUCACGCUGUGAACGGCGACUGGCCUUUGGCCACCAAGCUGCCUCUUGUAGGUGGUCACGAGGGUGCUGGUGUCGUUGUCGCACGAGGUGACCUCGUCACGGAUGUAGAGAUUGGCGAUUAUGCUGGUGUCAAGUGGCUGAACGGUUCCUGCUUGGCCUGUGAUUUCUGCCAGCAAGCGGACGAGCCCCUCUGCCCCAAGCCUCUUCUAUCUGGAUACACUGUCGACGGUACCUUCCAGCAAUACUGCAUCGCCAAGGCUGCUCACGUCGCCCGCAUUCCCAAGGAAUGUGAUCUCGCCGCCAUUGCUCCAGUCCUGUGUGCCGGUAUCACUGUCUACAAGGGUCUGAAGGAAUCAGGUGUCAAGCCCGGUCAAUUCGCCGCCAUCGUCGGUGCUGGUGGUGGUCUCGGUUCGCUUGCUUGCCAGUACGCAAAGGCUAUGGGUGUACGAACAAUCGCCAUCGACACCGGCGAUGAGAAGAAGAAGAUGUGCACCGGAGAACUUGGUGCCGAGGCCUUUGUUGACUUCUCCACGAGCAAGAACCUUGUCGCCGACGUCCAGAAGGCAACACCCGAUGGUCUUGGUCCCCACGUUGUCAUCCUCGUUGCCGUCAACGAGAAGCCCUUCCAGCAAGCCGCCGAGUACGUCCGCCCACGCGGUACCGUCAUCUGCAUUGGUCUCCCCGCUGGCGCCUACCUGAAGGCACCCGUCUUUGAGACUGUCAUCAAGAUGAUCAGAAUCCAAGGUUCAUACGUCGGUAACCGCAAGGACAGCUCAGAGGCUAUCGAGUUCUUCCGCCGCGGCUUGAUCAAGGCUCCGUUCAAGGUCGUUGGUCUCUCUGAACUCCAGAUGGUGUAUGACAAGAUGAACAAGGGUGCUAUCGCUGGACGCUAUGUUCUGGACACAUCGAAGUAG